AUGCCUCCCCGGCAGCGACACAGCGCGGCGGAGGCCGCGCAAAAGGAAAUUCGCUACAACAUCCCCGGCCUUCAUUUCGACGAGACUCUCAGCUGGCGCGCUGGCAGACCUAUCCCCGUCGCAGACCUCCUUUCGCGAUUACAAAAGCUCUCUGGCGAACUCCGCAAUUAUGAUCUCGAUGAAGUCGAUUCUCGGUCUUUCACCACCCUUGCGCAUGAUUUGGCGAAUCCGAACCUGUUGGGGCAUAAAGACAAGGGUGUGCGCGCGUGGACAGUUGCGUGUAUCGUGGAUGUUCUCAGGAUCUGCGCGCCCGAUGCACCCUUCCAAGUUAGCCAACUGAAAGACAUCUUCACAGUGACGAUCAAUUCAAUUCUUCCUGCGCUUGCUGAUCCAUCCAACGCCUAUAACGCCCAGCAUGUAUACAUCCUUACUGCCUUGGCCGAGUCGCAAAGUAUUCUGCUGGUUGCAGACGUUCCCAACCAUGAGAACCUCAUCGUAUCUCUGUUUACAACGGCAUUUGAUAUCAUUUCUGGGUCUGGAAAUAAUACUUCCGCGUUCGAAGUCUCAAAGAGCGUGGAAUACCACCUGAAGAAUCUGCUCGCUGCAGUCGUGGAUGAAGUCGUACUACCUCAAGAAGUUACCGAUAUCAUCAUUUCCCAGUUUCUUCGAGUUGACACAAGGCAUGCGCAAGAGCACCGUGGAAAAGGCAAAAAGCGAGGGGCAGAGGAUGCGAAGCAGGCAACCCUACUUUUGAAGGAGUACCCGCCUGCCUACAACAUGGCAAAGUCUCUUUGCACGACCUGCCCUGAAAAAAUGACUAUCCAGAUCACCCAGUACUUCGGCGCAAUAAUUGUGGAUGCCACUGCGGCGACAUCUAUCACAGCCCCGCCCAAGCCGGCACAUCAUCGACGAACGUCAGACCUGGACGGAUCGGAGGACGAGCACGGAGGCUUCAACGAUUUGCGAAAAGCCCAUCGCUUGUUGCGAGAGUUGUGGCGAGCCUGUCCAGAUGUCCUUUUGAAUGUCAUCCCCCAAAUUGAGGCCGAAUUUUCAGCAGACUCGCCAGCCCUGCGGCGGCUUGCAACAGAGACGAUUGGAGAUAUUGCUGCUGGCAUUGGUAUUGCUGGACUGCCAGCUACUGUUCCUCUUGACCCUGCUGCCUAUCCUUUGCCCUCGCUUGAGCAACCGGAGGAGCCCUCGCAAACACCCAAUCCGCUACUGACGCCGGCGUCUCCUAAGCCAUUUGCGAACGUUCACGCGUCAGCAUACUCUGCGUUUCUCGGCCGUCGAGUCGACAGGGCUCCUAGCGUCCGUGAGGCGUGGGCGAUUGCGGCAUCGCGCAUUUUAUUGACGUCGGCAGGGGGCAUAGGACUGGACGAGCAGGAACUGCAAGACUUACUCUCAGGAUUCGCUCAGAUCCUGCGCGAUAUCGAUGAACGUGUGCGCCUGGUCGCCAUACAGUCCGUUGCCGUUUUCAGCUACCACGAUGUAUUGAAUACGCUCGCAGCAGACGGCGGUCUCUCUAAGCCUGAGACGGUGCUGUCGACCAUGGUGGAACGAGUCACUGAUCGCAAGCACGAUGUCAGAGAGGCAGCGAUCGAACUCCUUGCUCGCCUCUGGGGCGUCGCAUCCAGCGACAUUGAAAAUGGGCUAGAGACUGUCAAAGCAGCUGUUGGCGACAUUGCAGAUCGCUUGUUCCGCGCUUUCUAUACCAAUGAUCCCCACGUGCAAACUGUCCUGGACAAAGCCCUCUACGAGAGUCUCCUCCCCUUGUCUUUCCCACCAAUCAAGAUGAUGUCGCGCACUGAAAGUCAGAAGUCGCGCACGAAGGACAAGGAUAUUGAUUCCGUGGAAAGCACAGCCUCUGAUCCCGAUGCCAUCCGGGCCCGACGGAUUCUUACGCUUGUGCGUAGUCUGCAGCCAAAAUCCCGCGCUGUAUUUUUCAACCUUCAGAACCGACAGGUUCAGAUCAGCAAAGCGAUGACGGUUUUUCUACAGACAUGUGAGGAGUACAAUGGUGGUGUGGUUGAAAACAAAGAGGACGAGGGGACGCUCAAGGAUAGACUCACCCGGUUCAUCGACAGCCUUUCCAAGCCAUUUCCGGAGCCCGCCGAGGUUGCGGCCGAUUUGUGGAAAUUUGUGAAACAACACAAUCGUCGUUGGUAUCAGUUGAUCAGGUUUGCCAUAGGGCCAGAGCACGAUUACCGAACCGUCACCAAAGCAAUCAAAGAGCUUGGAAAACGUAUCCGUGAAGGUCCGCCCAGCUCCCAAUCGCUCUUGGAUACAUUGUUCCCCAUAUUGUAUCGGUGCGCAUUGCUCGUGUACAAUCGAAGUCAUGUCCCCGCGAUAAUGGAGAUCUCGCGUACAGACCAAAAUGGCCUUGGAGAAGUCGCUCACGAGGUCCUCAAAGAAAUAUCAGCUCGACACCCUGAAGUGCUCAAAUCCCAUAUACAGGCGCUGUGCAAAGAACUUGAAGAUAACGCUCCCACUGCCAACAAACCAGAGGAGACGGGUGCCGCAGAUACGCUAAAAGCAUGCGCCGGGUUUGCUCGAAGAUAUCCUACGGAUGUGCCAGCGGAGCGCAAAUUUAUCACUGCCUUGACACAUUUUGCCCUGUUCUCAAGAUCUCCCCGAGCGGCUAAGCACGCGGUAUCGAUUAUUAUAAUGGUUUCUGACAAAAAGGAAAUGUACGCCAAAGACAUACUGCUCAGAGCAUUGAAGGACUGUGAGCCGGGGAUGAGUCAUUUUCUGGCGCGCCUAGCUACAAUAUCUCAGCUGUGCUUGCUUGCUCCUGCGGUUGCGGACUUGCACUCAGACGCCAUACGCGACCUCGCCAUUUCCAAGAUCUUGCACAAAAACCGCUCUUCAAAGUCAAAAGACGAUCCAAACGCCUGGGAUGAGAUUCCCGACGAGGAGAGCAAGUCGAAGGAACUGGCAUUGAAGGUGUUUGUCAAUCGGUGCCGGGCACACGAUGAGAAAUCCGAGGGCGAUGAGUUCGAGGAGUCGGCCAAAGAGGUUUUCGGCUAUCUAACGGCGCUGAUCAAGAAUGAAGGGGAGAUAGCUCCACAGAAAGACACACCUCCCGCGCAGAAGAACCGCCUCCGCCUGGUUGCUGCGCACUUUAUACUGAAAUUGUGUGGUCACAGCCGGAAGUGUGAGGAGUUUAUCAACCCGUCGACGUUCAUUUCCAUUGCGAUGAUCAUGAUCAACCCCCCUAAUCCGGUCCGAACUGGAUUUGUCAACUGCCUCAAGAAGUACAUUGGGCAAAACCGAAUUGCUCAUCGGUGGUUCACUCCUUUGUUUCUACUUGCCUUUGAACCCGAUAUUGAGCUUCGCACCUCAACGGUGACUUGGAUCAGGGCACGGAUACAAUUUUUCACAAGGCAGCAGCUUCAAGCAAAGACUACGGAGAGGAGGCCACCCCAAAAUGUGCUGGAGUCGGUUUUUGCUCGCCUUUUGAGCUUGUUGGCCCAUCAUCCAGAUUACCCUAGCGCGGAUAGCGAAGACUUCGAUGGAGAACUGCUGGACUUUUCCAAGUACAUCAUAUUCUACUUGUUCUCGGUCGCCACGGAAGACAACCUCUCUCUCAUUUUCCACAUCGCGCAGCGGGUAAAAGGUGCGAGAGACGGCAUUCAGGGCACGGAGGAGGCUAGCGAACGGCUCUACGUGCUCAGCGAUCUUUCUCAAGCAGUCAUACGAAACUAUGCCGACAUGAUGCCCGGGCAUGCGAAAGGUGUCAACUUAUUGCAAACAUGGCCGGGCAAUGUCACUCUUCCUCGCUCACUGUUCAAAGCACUGCCAAGCCACGAGGCUGCCCAGGAAAUCGCAGAAAAGAAUUACUUGCCUGAGGAUGUUGCUACAGGACUAGAGAAGCUGGUUAGGACUUAUGUCAAGGAAUUGAAGAAUGCCGCUCAUCCUCCAAAGAGGGCCGCAGCAGGAGAGAAAAAGAGGAAGAGCGACGCACUGGGCCUGGAUGACGGCGAUGAACAUGGCGAAACUCGGAAGAAGCCAAUCAAGAAGGCUAGAAAGACCACUGUUGCCAUUAGGAAGACACCCAAACCGAAGCGGAAGAGUAGCGAAACGGCAAGCCCGGAGAUGCCGUCUCGAAAGAGCGCUCGCCGUUCCAACGCUGUGUCGUAUGCCGAGGCAGACAGUGAUGAUGAUGAUGCUGAAAUGGAGAGGGUCGACCAGCUGGCAUCUCGAGCGAAAUCAACCAAGAACAAAAGGCCUACGGUGACACAUGUUGAAGAAGAGGACAACGACGACGAGGGAGUCAGUGAGGGAGAUGAUGGCAACUCGAAAAGUGAGGAUCAGAAGGGCGACCAGUCGGAUGCGAGUGAGGCCCAGGACAAUGACGGUACUGACAAUGACGAGGACAUGAGUGAAGGCGAGGAUGCUGGAGAUGAUGUCGAAAUGACGGAGGAGGCAGCGUCAGAACAAGAGUCGUCACCAUCGCCGACUAAGGCGCAAAGCAAGGUUGGGGCCACCAAGACCAGAAAUAGGGGUGGUGGAAAGCAGAAAGCCUCCACGCCCAACGGAAAAGGGUCAGCGGCGAAGCGCACAGGCAAGCAUGAGCAGCCAGCUGUCCGAGCUACGAGACAGACUCGAAGCACGAAGGCAUGA